AUGUAUUCGAAGCACUCAUUGAAUAAGACAAGAAUAUACCUUGAGAACCCUUCAUUCGAUAUCCACUCGGUCGACCUCGUGACGGAUCGGAACAACACCCGCAAGCUUUUGACGUUCGUCAAUCCGACGACCUCACGCAAUGGCCUCGAAACGUUCACUGUCCUCGUCGAAUUGGCCGCGAACACGCAAGCUGUGAUCUUCUGUCGCUCUGAGACAAAGACCUUUGAUAUCAUCGGACGGCAUGAAUCAAAGGGGUUCGGACACGAAUUUGAGAAGGCAUUCACCACAGAGCAGGUAACGGAAAGUACCGGACAUUACAGGAUAAUCUCAUGCAAAUUCGGGGGUUUGAACCUGCUGGUUCGUCACGAAACGGACAGCUAUGUCAAUUCCCUGCCUUCGAAGGGGCCGAUGAGAGUCGAAGACGUGAAUGUUGUUGACGAGGUCUCCCGUUCCUUUGGGUACCUCUGUUACGGUGAACCGUAUCUGCCAUUAUCCCAGGCUGCUUCUUUAGCUGGGGCAAAAUUACUGAUCAAGAGAGAGGGCCAGACUGUGCCCAUUCAGUCUACGCUUGAAGUCAAAACUCGCGCCGUUAGUAUGCCGAUUGAUGCCGACGAGGUCAUCCCCCAGCUCUGGGUGUGCCAGACCCCGAACCUUGUGCGUGCCUACCACAUGGCAGGACUUUUGAGGAGCUUACGGUAGAAGACAUGACGGCGGACAUCAAGAAAUGGGCAGAGGUUCACCAGAGUGACCUCGAAAAGCUUGUGUCCUUACUGGAAAAAAUCAUUAGUGUGGUCAAGGAAUGUGGAGGACGGGCUGUGCUCAAGUACGACCCCGAUUGCGAUAAGUUGGAAAUGUGGAAGGGAGACAAUAAGGCGAUGCUACCUGCAGACCUGUACGCCAGUUUCAAUCAGGAAAGAAUCAGUUCCAAGUCUGAACUGCCGUCAUGUUCGGAUCGUGACUAGAAGGCGACACCCCCAUCCCUGAGACAAUCGAUAUGACGUCUAUGUAAUGGUUUUAAGCAUGAAAACCUCGCUGAAGCUGUCUAUGGCUAAACUGCUAGUUUUAAAGCAUGGACGUAUGUCGCACGAAGAGAUUUAGAUUUAGGCUGCUGGUUCAUACGUGGCGGGGAGUUAGCGAAGUGGUUCGUCUUUGUAAUAAGGAAC